GCUACCCGCUGCUGCUGGCAUUUCACACACUCAUACUCAACCACACACACACACAGACUCGCGCACACACACAGACACACAGCAGGAGUCAGACGUUGGAUUGCAGGAAAAACAGCAAACCAACAGAACUGAAAGGAAGAACUGAUGGAGAACUGACGGACAAGCCGAAUUUACUUUAUUUGAAAUUUGAUCUAAUCCUCCGCUCCUUUGGGCUUCGAGCAGUCUAACUCCAGUGCUCUUACACAAAACUUCUCUUUGGGGUGAAAUUUUGUCUUUGAGGAUGAUUUUAAGGCGAGCAAACCUUCUCGUACUGGUGCUUGUGUCCUGGUGUGCUGUAAAGAUCCAGGGCGAGUGUCCGCGGAAGUGCUCGUGCCCCUCGUCUCCGCCUUCGUGCCUGCCUGGGAUCAGCUCUGUGCUGGACUCCUGUGGCUGCUGCAGGGUAUGUGCCAGACAGUUUAAUCAGGACUGCAGUGCCACUGAGCCCUGUGACCACAUCAAGGGGCUGCACUGCCAUCUAGGGGCCAAGGGAGACCCUCAGAGAGGCUUGUGCCGAGCCGAGGCUCAAGGAAGGCCGUGUGAGCUGGAUGGGCGAGUCUACCAGCAUGGGGAAGACUUCCAGCCUAGCUGUGAGCAUCGCUGUACCUGCAUGGAUGGAGUGGUGGGCUGCAUGCCACUCUGUCCACAUCAUGUGUCCCUCCCUGACUGGCGCUGUGCCCGGCCUCGCCUCACCACACUGCCUGGACGUUGCUGCCAGGAGUGGGUGUGUGAUGAUGACAACCACAUUGCUGAAGAUGACACGAUGCUUGAGAGCACUCCUCACGAAUAUAAGAAUCAUAACGACAUCACUGGUAAUGAGCUAUUAGUAAUGCCACCAACACCAUGGGACAUCAGUGCAGGAGCACCACAUAAUGAGUGGAUUUCCUCCACAAAAUCCCACAUAUUCGUCCCACCUACGUGCUUUCUGCAAACCACUGAUUGGUCACCUUGCUCAGCAACCUGUGGAAUGGGUGUGUCCAGCAGGGUAACCAAUAGCAACACAGAGUGCCGGCUCGUCAAGGAGACUCGUCUGUGUCAGAUCCGGGAGUGUAGCAGUAGUCUAUUGGAGUCACCGCUCAAGAAAGGGAAGAAGUGUCAGAGAAGUGUAAGGCCACAUGAGCCAGCUCCUCUCACAUUCGCUGGAUGCACCACUGUGCGCCGCUACCGUCUGCGUUCGUGUGGAUCGUGUGUAGACGGUCGCUGUUGUGAGCCCACUCUCACCCGCACUGUGCGCAUGCGCUUCCACUGCCCACAAGGACAGGAAUUCACCCGCAACGUCAUGUGGAUCGUUCAGUGCAGCUGCACUCAGGGCUGCAGCACCAGAUCAUCGACACAGCACCCGAAAUCCAUCAGUCUGCCCAAUGAUAUACACACAUUCAAAUACUAGAACAUGAACACACUCUCUCUCACACACACACACACGCAAAUGCACACCCAGUAUCUUUACAUCCAUUACAUAAAGCAAAAUAAGCUGCAGUCUCAUCAACUAUACAAAGACCCAAACUUAAAUAAUAAUACACAAAUUCUAAUUUAUAUUCAUUUCUAAUGUUUCAUCUAAUGAAAUGUCACAUAUACAUCAGUUACAUUUAUUCAGUUGAUAUAUAUUUUUUCUUUGUUCUUGAUUAUACAGAUUGUAUCAUCUAUAUAUAAUGGAGAAUCUAUAGAUUACGGAUUUUAUAGCUGGCGCAUUUUCGUCAUGCUAUCGAUAAUCAUUUUUUGAUAACUACUGAUCAUAGACAAAUCAUUUUCAGAUACUGAUGCCAUUUACAUCAAGUUUGAGAAACAAUUCUGGUGGAUGGAAACAUACACUUCCUGCCAUUCAGACUGCUCUAGCACUAUAUUCAUUCACUCUCCAGCUUGCUCCCCUUCUUAAUUUAUACAAGUGAUGUACAGAUUUUUGUGUAUAUAUAUAUAUGUAUGUAUGUAUCUUGGAAACUGUAACCGUUAACUAUAUCUUAAGACAACUUCUGUCAAAUCUGACAGGCAGUGUUGCUAUUCUAUGAUCUAAAAGAUAUGCAAACUACAUCAAUUGUCUAUGCAGGCUACUAUUUAAUACUAAACAUGGCACACUAUAUAAUAUUUUAUGAAAAAACAUUGUAACUCAUUUAUACAUGUUUAACGUUAAAGAGGGCAUCUUCACUGUAAAAACUGUAAAUGUAUCUUGUACAGGUUUCAUAUUUAUAUCCUUUUCAUGAUUGUACAGACUUCACAUGUGGUGGAGUGUCAUUGUUAAAACCACCUCUAUUUAUGGGGUGAAUAUAAAAUGAUCAGCAAUUAUAUUUUAUAUGCAGAUUUUUUUUUUUUUUUUUUGAUAAAUAAAGUUCGU